AUGCAAGUAGCACAGGAAACUGUGGAAGCUAUUGGAGCUACAAUUGGAGAAAACAGACAGUUCACGAUGGUGGCGGGUUCAUUAUUUACUCAUAUGGCGAAGUUUUGUGAGGACUUUAUAUCAGACUGGUCUUUCACCACUGUGUAUCGGCAGUGGUGGAAAAAGGUGGUGGAAAAAGGUGGUGGAAAAAGGUGGUGGAAAAAGGUGGUGGAAAAAGGUGGUGGAAAAAGGUGGUGGAAAAAGGUGGUGGAAAAAGGUGGUGGAAAAAGGUGGUGGAAAAAGGUGGUGGAAAAAGGUGGUGGAAAAAGGUGGUGGAAAAAGGUGGUGGAAAAAGGUGGUGGAAAAAGGUGGUGGAAAAAGGUGGUGGAAAAAGGUGGUGGAAAAAGGUGGUGGAAAAAGGUGGUGGAAAAAGGUGGUGGAAAAAGGUGGUGGAAAAAGGUGGUGGAAAAAGGUGGUGGAAAAAGGUGGUGGAAAAAGGUGGUGGAAAAAGGUGGUGGAAAAAGGUGGUGGAAAAAGGUGGUGGAAAAAGGUGGUGGAAAAAGGUGGUGGAAAAAGGUGGUGGAAAAAGGUGGUGGAAAAAGGUGGUGGAAAAAGGUGGUGGAAAAAGGUGGUGGAAAAAGGUGGUGGAAAAAGGUGGUGGAAAAAGGUGGUGGAAAAAGGUGGUGGAAAAAGGUGGUGGAAAAAGGUGGUGGAAAAAGGUGGUGGAAAAAGGUGGUGGAAAAAGGUGGUGGAAAAAGGUGGUGGAAAAAGGUGGUGGAAAAAGGUGGUGGAAAAAGGUGGUGGAAAAAGGUGGUGGAAAAAGGUGGUGGAAAAAGGUGGUGGAAAAAGGUGGUGGAAAAAGGUGGUGGAAAAAGGUGGUGGAAAAAGGUGGUGGAAAAAGGUGGUGGAAAAAGGUGGUGGAAAAAGGUGGUGGAAAAAGGUGGUGGAAAAAGGUGGUGGAAAAAGGUGGUGGAAAAAGGUGGUGGAAAAAGGUGGUGGAAAAAGGUGGUGGAAAAAGGUGGUGGAAAAAGGUGGUGGAAAAAGGUGGUGGAAAAAGGUGGUGGAAAAAGGUGGUGGAAAAAGGUGGUGGAAAAAGGUGGUGGAAAAAGGUGGUGGAAAAAGGUGGUGGAAAAAGGUGGUGGAAAAAGGUGGUGGAAAAAGGUGGUGGAAAAAGGUGGUGGAAAAAGGUGGUGGAAAAAGGUGGUGGAAAAAGGUGGUGGAAAAAGGUGGUGGAAAAAGGUGGUGGAAAAAGGUGGUGGAAAAAGGUGGUGGAAAAAGGUGGUGGAAAAAGGUGGUGGAAAAAGGUGGUGGAAAAAGGUGGUGGAAAAAGGUGGUGGAAAAAGGUGGUGGAAAAAGGUGGUGGAAAAAGGUGGUGGAAAAAGGUGGUGGAAAAAGGUGGUGGAAAAAGGUGGUGGUAGUGGUGUGUUUAAGGGGAAUAAAGUACUGGACCAUCAGUCCCUUCAUUUCGUGAGGGCAAGGAAAAGGAGGCAACGAGAAGGCAAGGAAAAGGAGGCAACGAGAAGGCAAGGAAAAGGAGGCAACGAGAAGGCAAGGAAAAGGAGGCAACGAGAAGGCAAGGAAAAGGAGGCAACGAGAAGGCAAGGAAAAGGAGGCAACGAGAAGGCAAGGAAAAGGAGGCAACGAGAAGGCAAGGAAAAGGAGGCAACGAGAAGGCAAGGAAAAGGAGGCAACGAGAAGGCAAGGAAAAGGAGGCAACGAGAAGGCAAGGAAAAGGAGGCAACGAGAAGGCAAGGAAAAGGAGGCAACGAGAAGGCAAGGAAAAGGAGGCAACGAGAAGGCAAGGAAAAGGAGGCAACGAGAAGGCAAGGAAAAGGAGGCAACGAGAAGGCAAGGAAAAGGAGGCAACGAGAAGGCAAGGAAAAGGAGGCAACGAGAAGGCAAGGAAAAGGAGGCAACGAGAAGGCAAGGAAAAGGAGGCAACGAGAAGGCAAGGAAAAGAAGGCAACGAGAAGGCAAGGAAAAGAAGGCAACGAGAAGGCAAGGAAAAGAAGGCAACGAGAAGGCAAGGAAAAGAAGGCAACGAGAAGGCAAGGAAAAGAAGGCAACGAGAAGGCAAGGAAAAGAAGGCAACGAGAAGGCAAGGAAAAGAAGGCAACGAGAAGGCAAGGAAAAGAAGGCAACGAGAAGGCAAGGAAAAGAAGGCAACGAGAAGGCAAGGAAAAGAAUGCAAUGAGAAGGCAAGGAAAAGAAGGCAAUGAGAAGGCAAGGAAAAGAAGGCAAUGA